CGCUUUUAUUUGUUAUUAUAUUCCGCUGGCAAAAGUACAAAACUGUUUCAUUCAGAUUUCGUGGGUUCAACACCGAAGGAAACUGCAGAGCAAUUGCAGCUCUUCAUCUGCUCAGACGAAACAAACACCGAUUCGAAUUUUCGUAGUAUUUUUCUCAGUGUGUGGUCGAGAACGGUGUCAUCUCUCCUGCGGCUUUUACUGGUUUUAUUACGGCAAUGAGUAGUGGUGGGUCGCCCUACCGGCGACACCCGAAGGAUUUGGAAUCGGGUGGUGGAAGCGGCGGAGGUUUCCAGGACUAUGGGUCGGUUUCUGAUCCUUUUGACAUAGUUAGAACUAAAAGUGCAUCGGUCGACAGCCUUAAAAGAUGGAGGCAAGCAGCACUUGUACUGAAUGCUUCCCGUCGAUUCCGAUACACCUUGGAUUUGAAAAAGGAGGAAGAGAAGAAACAAAUCAUCGCAAAAAUCAGAACUCAUGCGCAAGUCAUACGAGCAGCCUACCUUUUUCAGUCACAUGGAGAAAAAGCAGAUGGAACCCCCAAAUCACCUCCAUCUCCCAUUCCUACUGGAAAUUACAAUGUUAACCCUGGACAACUUGCUUCCAUGACGCGAGACCAUGAUUUUCCUGCUUUGCAAAACUUUGGUGGGGUUAAUGGAUUGGCAGAGAUGUUGAAGACGAAUCCUGAUAAGGGAAUUAAUGAUGAUGAGGCAAACAUAUUAGACAGGAAAAAUGUGUUUGGGUCAAACACAUACCCAAGAAAAAAGGGGCGAAGUUUUUGGAGGUUUCUGUUUGAUGCUUGUCGCGAUACAACAUUGAUCAUUUUAAUGGUAGCUGCUGCUGCUUCUUUAGCACUAGGUAUCAAAACAGAGGGGAUUAAAGAAGGAUGGUAUGAUGGUGGAAGCAUAGCAUUAGCUGUUAUAAUUGUCAUAGUCGUUACAGCAAUAAGUGAUUAUAAACAAUCACUUCAGUUUCAGAACUUAAAUGAAGAGAAACAGAAUAUACAGUUGGAGGUUGUUAGAGGUGGAAGGAGGGUGGAGAUUUCAAUCUUUGAUAUCGUUGUGGGUGAUGUCAUAACACUUAAAAUCGGGGACCAGGUUCCAGCUGAUGGGGUUUUGAUUUCUGGUCACUCACUUUCAAUUGAUGAAUCAAGUAUGACUGGAGAGAGUAAAAUCGUUCAUAAAGAUCAUAAAUCACCAUUUUUAAUGUCGGGGUGUAAGGUGGCAGAUGGCUAUGGUACUAUGAUGGCCACAAGUGUUGGAAUACAUACAGAAUGGGGAUUACUUAUGGCUAGCAUCUCAGAAGACAAUGGAGAGGAAACACCAUUACAGGUGCGUUUGAAUGGAGUGGCGACAUUUAUUGGUAUAGUAGGGCUUGUGGUGGCUGUAUCUGUUCUUGUCAUCCUUCUCAUAAGGUUUUUUACUGGACACACAAAGGAUGAUAAGGAACAAGUGGAGUUUAUUGCUGGGAAAACUAGUCUUGGGGAUGCUGUUGAUGGAGCAAUCAAAAUUUUCACUGUUGCAGUCACGAUUGUUGUUGUUGCGGUUCCUGAAGGGCUUCCAUUAGCUGUCACAUUAACGCUGGCAUACUCGAUGCGAAAAAUGAUGUCGGAUAAAGCGUUGGUUCGGAGGUUAUCUGCUUGUGAAACAAUGGGUUCUGCUACUACAAUUUGCAGUGAUAAAACCGGAACCUUGACAUUGAAUUUGAUGACUGUUGUUGAGGCUUAUAUUUGUGGGAAGAAAAACGAUCCACCAAAUGACACGUCAGCAUUACCACCAAAGAUUGUAUCUCUACUUGUUGAAAGUGUAGCUCAAAAUACAACUGGCAGUGUAUUUUUACCUGAGGGAGGCCAAGAGAUUGAGGUUUCUGGAUCACCAACAGAAAAGGCCAUACUUCAAUGGGGGGUUAAUAUUGGAAUGAAUUUUGAAGCAGUUAGAUCAGAGUCUUCGAUUAUUCACGCAUUCCCAUUUAACUCGGAGAAAAAACGAGGCGGUGUUGCAGUAAAACGGCCUGAUUCUGAAGUUCAUGUACACUGGAAAGGUGCAGCUGAAAUUGUGUUGGCUGCAUGUACAAGAUACAUGGACAUUGAUGGACAACUUGUCCCCCUCAGUGAAGAAAAGGUGGAAUAUUUCAAAAAAGCAAUUGAAGAUAUGGCUUCUGGAAGCUUGCGUUGUGUUGCUAUUGCAUACAGACCAUGUGAAGCAGAAACUGUUCCAACUGGCGAAGAUGAGCUGGCACAAUGGGAGCUACCUGAGGGCGAUCUUGUCUUGUUGGCAAUUGUUGGCUUAAAGGAUCCAUGUCGGAAAGGUGUGAGAGAGGCUGUUGAACUGUGUGUAAAGGCUGGUGUGAAGGUGAGAAUGGUGACUGGUGACAAUCUACAAACAGCAAGAGCAAUUGCUUUAGAAUGUGGAAUUUUGGCAUCAAAUGCUGAUGCAGAAGAGCCGAAUCUAAUUGAAGGGAAAUCUUUCCGUGCCAUGUCAGAAGACCAAAGACUAGAAGUUGCUGAGAAGAUUUCGGUGAUGGGGAGGUCUUCACCUAACGAUAAGCUGUUACUUGUCCAAGCAUUGAGGAAAAGAGGGCAUGUUGUUGCUGUUACUGGAGAUGGAACAAACGAUGCCCCUGCUCUACAUGAGGCUGAUAUUGGUCUUGCUAUGGGCAUCCAAGGAACUGAAGUUGCUAAAGAAAGUAGUGACAUCAUUAUCUUGGAUGAUGAUUUUGCUUCAGUCGUAAAGGUUGUACGGUGGGGAAGAUCUGUGUAUGCAAACAUACAGAAAUUCAUUCAGUUUCAGCUCACUGUAAAUGUUGCUGCCCUUGUCAUUAAUGUUGUGGCAGCAAUUUCAUCAGGCGAUGUCCCCCUCAAUGCAGUCCAGCUUCUUUGGGUGAAUCUUAUCAUGGACACUCUUGGUGCACUUGCCCUCGCCACCGAACCACCAACCGACCACCUCAUGGACCGACACCCCGUGGGCCGCAGGGAGCCUCUUAUAACAAAUAUUAUGUGGAGGAAUUUGCUAAUUCAGGCUGCUUAUCAAGUGACAGUUCUCCUCACACUCAAUUUCCGUGGUAUAGAAAUCCUACAUUUACAGAAGGAAUCCGAUGAGCAUGCUAAGAAAGUGAAAAACACUCUCAUUUUCAAUGCUUUUGUCUUUGCUCAGAUAUUCAAUGAGUUUAAUGCCAGGAAGCCUGAUGAAAUGAAUGUUUUCAAAGGAGUCACCAAAAACCGCUUGUUUAUGGGUAUCGUGGGCCUUACUGUUGUUCUUCAAGUUGUUAUCGUCAUGUUCCUUGGGAAAUUUACCACCACCACAAGGCUGAGCUGGCAAUUGUGGUUGGUCUCAAUUGUGAUUGGCUUUAUCAGUUGGCCUCUUGCUGUUGUUGGGAAGUUGAUACCUGUUUCUCAGAAACCCUUUAGUGAGUAUUUUACCGACAUUUUCAAGCCAUGCACAUCCAAGCGUAGAAAUGAAGGAGGAAACGAGAAUGGUGAAUAGAUACACAAGCAGCACAGGUUUUUAGAGGAUAGUAUUUUUUUUUUUUUUUUUUUUUGGUUGGUUGGUUUGUUCUUUGGGAGUAAGUAAUCAAAGGAUAGCAAACAACUUCUACUUGGGUGAGUCGUAAAUUACUACUGCGUUGCUAACUGUUAGGGGUUUUUUAGUCAAGAAUUUGGAGAUUUGUGGAGUUGUUUUUUUUUUAGUUGGUGUUUGGUGUUUGAUGUUAAUUACCAUUUUGUUAUUCUAUGCAUGCGUUUUUUGUAUAUGUUGGAAUAUCGCGUUCGUUAUAUGAAUAACUUUUCCUUUUGGUUA